AUGGAUGUAAAUAUGGGAGAAAUUAGUAAGAACAAAUUUAAUGGUAUCGGGAGUACAGGUGGAGACAGGAACUUUAAUAUUGAACUUCAGUGUAAUGGCGGAACUACAUUAGUAGGGUAUGCUAAUAUUAACAUGUCUUUCUCUGGAAAGGUUCCUGGAACUUUAUCGAACAACUCUGGCGUUCUUGAAAAUGAGAGUGCCGGUAAUUCAAAAGCCAAAGGAGUUGGAAUUCAGGUAAUGAAAGAUUCUCAGCCAAUUAAGUUCAAUAGCAACUAUAAGGUUGGGACGGUUCAAUCCGAUGAAACGCGUUUCAUUACAGUCCCGUUACAAGCUAAGUUCUAUCAGUAUGAGAAAAGCAUAUCGGCUGGUCAAGUUGAAAGUCAUAUGGUCUUCAAUCUCAAUUACGACUAA